AUGUCUGACCACAGAGUUCCCUUUACGUAUGAUGAAUACCGUAGAGCUAAUUGGUCUCGCAAUGAAAUCAUCAGUGGUGCGGCGGGCCCAGUGCUCGGGAGGAUACCGCUGGAAGGUGAACCCUCUCUUGCGUCAGGAGAUCAUCAUUCAUAUACUCCCUCAUACGAUUCCCAACAUUAUUUAUCAGGAAGCCAACAUUCAUAUUCAAAUACCGAAACUCCAGCAGUUUAUACGGCAGACCCAGGAAGACAAUAUGGAUCUACAUUUGACAACCCAAAUAUUGCCCAACCUCAACCACAGACCACGCAACAGUUCCAGCAGCAUAGUUCACCGCUACUAUCCAUGAAUUCAAGUGCUUUUAAUCCAUCAAUAAUAGAACCUCAGCAAGUUCAGAAUUAUGGCAGUCUAGCAGCUGCUCAUAAUUUCGCUGAGAGACAGACUACUACUCGCGAUUUUGUUGAACUCUACAGGUUCACCGGCAACCUGGGAACAGUUACUAAAGAACCACUCUAUGGAAUAUGGUCUCCUGUUCCUUGGGACUCAGGAUAUAAUCCGGCGUUCCACAGCCCCUAUCCUCAUAAUAAGGGUCCCGGGGCCGAUCUAUGGAGAGAUACAUGGCAGGGUCAAGAGGGUUGUGAGGAAGAACGGAUCUGUCUUAUGUUUGAUCAUGUAGACUUAUAUCGACUAGCAUACAUCACUACAGUUCAUCUAGGAUCAGUGGAAAGACCUGACACCAUAGUUGAAGGUAUGACAGGACCUGACGGAGGUAACUUGGUAAAUUGGCUACGUGACAUAGUGGCGAUACUCAAUGAAGCCGGCAGACCACCAGGCUUCGGAGGAGUAUCUCAGAGGCGACCAGGCGCCUUCACUGUGGAGCAAGUGAGGUCCUUGUUCGCCAUAAUGGCCAAUAGAAACAACAUCAACCGUGGAAAAGCAUUCAACAUAUUGGAGGGAUGGGUGUGGCUUUCUGGAUGGUCCCCUCGACUUGUUCUUCGCAACGUGCCAGAAACCAUUGUGAGUCAUUGGAACCACAGUUAUCAGACUGCCCUGACGGAUAGAGCCCUCCGAUGGGACUGGCGAAUCAAAGAGUUCAUCUAUGAAGAAACAGUUAAUAGCAAAGGAGAAGCGGUUUGGAAAUUGAAGCUCAAUCAAUUAGGCAGUCAAGCUCCAGGGUCAACUUCAAAAGAACAACAACCUGAGCCAUCAAGACAUUUGAGACGAAAUAUUAAACAUUCUAGAGCUUCGACUUCAAACUCCUCGCAUAGUCAUCAUCACUCACAGUCCUCUAAUCGAGAUGUGGAGUAUACAGGCAAGGGAAAAAAAGCCACGUCAUUGAAUUGA